UUUAAAUUUGUGAGUGGAGGUGUGUAAACGUAAACAAGUCGACGUCGCUACACAAUGUCGGACCAGAAACCUGUCGAACCAAGAAAGGAUUCGUUCGGCAACCUGACGGACGGCCGCCCGGUCAACAGGUACACGUUCUGCAAUCAGAAUGACGUCACAGUGCGUGUAAUUGAUUAUGGCUGCGUUAUAACGGACAUCGUGGUACCCGACAAAGAGGGAGUGGUCUCUGACGUCAGUCUGGGAUACGAUUCUGUCCAAAACUACGAAACCAACCCGAUGACUUUCGGAGCCAUAUGCGGUCGAGUUGUGAACGUCAUUUCCGAUGCCAAGUUUUCUGUUGACGGUAAAGAAUAUCACGUGACCAAAAACUUUGGAAAGCAUUGCAUUCACGGAGGGAAAAAGUCAUUCACAUAUCAACUCUGGAAUUCGUGGAUUGAGGGCGACAAAGUGAAGAUGAAGUACGUGAGUCCAGACGGAGAGGAGGGAUUCCCCGGGGAACUGACCACCAUUGUAUCCUACCAACUGACCAAUCAGAACGAAAUUGUAAUUGAGUACAGCGCCACCACCACCAAACCAACACUUGUCAAUUACACAAACCACGCCUACUUCAACUUGGCAGGACACAAUUAUCCCAACCUGGAUGAUCACGUGUUGCAAAUAUCGGCGGACAAGUACACCCCAAACAAAGAGGAUGAUAUCUACAUUCCGACAGGCGAACUUCGUGACGUCACAGGUACAAUGUACGACCUCCGUCAGCCGGUGAGACUAGGGGACCGAUUGAGCAAGGUGCCCCUGGGGAAGGGGUACUUCAACAACUUCUGCGUUAACAAUGCGGACGGCAGCUUGAGGCUGAUAUCCACGUUGGACCACCCACCCACCGGGCGACGGCUAGAGGUGUACACCACAGAGCCCGGGGUACAGUGCUACACAGGCUGCGACACUGUACCCCACUCAGAGGGCAAGCAGGGGGCGGUGUACGAGAAGUUCUGUUCCAUCUGUCUGGAGACCCAGCACUAUCCGGACAGCGUUAAUAAGGAGAACUUUCCAAACAUUAUUCUAAGACCAGGAGAACAAUUCUACAGCAAGACGGUGUACAAAUUCGGACUUCGAGAGUAGACCUUGAUAAUUACAGCACCUGUUAUUUGUUGAUAAUGUGCAAAUAUGUGAAACAGAAU